AUGGUUUCCGCAAUUGACCCUCAGACCGUGCUGAGGAAUUCAAGGGCCUCUGCGUACCCUUGGGUGGUUCAGAAGUUUGGCGGGACGAGCGUGGGCAAGUUCCCCGACAAGAUUGCUAGAGAUAUUGUCCGCGACUACCUUUAUCGGAAUAGAGUCAUUGUGGUAUGUUCGGCGAGGAGCAUUGGAAAGAAGGCUGAAGGCACAACGAGCAGGCUAUUAGUAGUAUUUGAGAAGCUAGAAGCUAUCAGUGCUGCGCCCUGCCAAGAGGAAAUCCAAAAUGCCCUCCUCGACGAAGCCAAAGACCUCAUUCACGCCAUCUGCGUCGAUCAUAGGGUGGCAGCCCAGACUUUUGUGAGGGAUGAACUAUUAAGAGCAGAUCUGUGCAGGCAGGUCGAGGAUGAAUGUGACGAACUAGUUGAGUAUAUCGUGGCUGCGAAACGCUUCAAUCUCGAGGCGAACUCGCGGUCGAAGGACAGAAUCGUCAGCAUUGGCGAGAAGUUGAGCUGCAAGUUCAUGACUACCUUGCUCAAGGAUACGGGAGUGGACGCCGAGUAUGUAGAUCUCAGCGAUGCCUUCCGUUUCCCCCCCUCCAGCCGCAUCGACACCGCCUUCUACAAGGCCGUCACGGCUGCGCUAAAAGAACGCCUCUCGGACUGCGGGGAAAAGGUCCCCGUGGUAACGGGCUUCUUCGGAAAUGUGCCGGGGAGCCUCAUCGACGGAGACAUCGGCCGCGGGUAUACCGACCUUUGCUCGGCUCUUUGCGCCGUUGCCACCAAGGCCGAUGAGCUUCAAGUGUGGAAAGAAGUCGACGGCAUUUUCACGGCCGACCCCACCAAAGUACCGACCGCGCGCCUGCUUCCAAGCAUCACCCCCUCCGAAGCCGCCGAACUCACCUUUUACGGUUCCGAAGUCAUCCACCACCUCACCAUGGACCAAGUCAUGCACGCCACGCCUCCCAUCCCCAUUAGGAUCAAGAACGUCAAAAACGCUAGGGGCUCCGGUACCAUAGUCAUUCCCGAUAUCGUCAAAUCCCCGAGCCAGUCAAUACAGCGACAGAAUGGCUACAGGCCAUCUUACCCCGCCAAGGGAAAGACGCCAAAGAGGCCCACCGCCGUUACUAUCAAGGACAAAAUCUCCGUCAUCAACGUGUACUCGAAUAAGAGAUCUCUAUCCCAUGGCUUCUACGCGAGCGUAUUCUCCAUCCUGCACUUCCACAACAUAUCCGUCGAUCUCAUCUCUACGAGUGAGGUCCACGUGUCCAUGGCUAUCCACUUGGGCAGCAGCGAGAGCAAGGCGUUCCUACAGGCCACGGAAGAGCUUGGCGAGAUCGGCGAUGUUAGUGUCAGGCAUAGCAUGGCUAUUCUUAGCCUUGUGGGUGCUGAUAUGAAGAAUAUGGUCGGUAUUGCUGGGAAAAUGUUCUCGACUCUUGGUGAACACAACGUAAACAUUGAAAUGAUCUCACAAGGUGCGAGCGAGAUUAACAUAUCCUGCGUCAUCGAGGCCAGGGACGCCACGAGGGCAAUGAAUGUCCUUCACACUCAUCUUUUCACCUUUCUUGAAUAG